CCGCCAUGUCCUUUCUCUUCGGCAAGAAGAACAAGCAGCAGCAGCAGCAACAGCAACAGCAACCCACCACCGCGCUCCCACCAGCCACUAGGGAUAUCACAUCUGCACAUGGCCCAUCGCAACAGCCACCCGCGCUCAACGGAGCCCCUGCUCGCGACGCUGAAAAGUCUCGCGGUGGCCCCCAGGGCCCUACCACGACCCCUAGCGGCAGCGUCAACAACUCAUUAA